GUGUGAAAUUUAUUUUAGCCAAUCUGACUAAAUUAUGCGGCCGUUUAGACAUAACAAUUGGGUAGGGGACGGCCAUGGAUUAGAUUCUGUAUUUUCGGUCUAAAGAUUUACUAAAAAAUCAUCCCUUAAUUCUUUCCUUCUCAUCAACCCUUAAUUCAUCAAAUGGAUACUCAAUUAGUUAGAGGAGAAUCAUCUACAUCUUCUCACUUCUCUUAUGAAGUAUUCCUGAGUUUUAGAGGUGAAGACACCCGAAAAACAUUCACUGGUCAUCUUUAUUCCAAAUUGUGUGAUGUUGGAAUUAAUACCUUCAUUGAUGAUGAGGAAUUGAGAAAGGGUGAUGUGAUUUCAAGAGAACUAGAGAAAUCAAUUGAAGAGUCAAGAAUUUCCAUUAUUGUUUUCUCAAGAAAUUAUGCUUCCUCUAGUUGGUGUCUAGAUGAACUAGUUAAAAUUCUCGAAUGCAAAGAGAAAUUAAAGCAGAUGGUUUUGCCUAUUUUCUAUGAUGUUGAUCCUUCUGAAGUGCGAAGACAAACUGGGUUAUUUGGGGAAGCUUUGGCAAAACAUAAGGAACGAUCAAUUGGGGCUCAAAGGGUGGAGAAAUGGAGAGCUGCACUUACUGAAGCUGCAAAUUUAUCUGGAUGGGAUUUGCAAAAUGUUGCUGACGGGCAUGAAUCAAAGUUUAUUGAAAACAUUAUACAACAAGUCCUACAAGAGGUCAACCAGACGCCUCUAGAUGUUGCUUGGCAUCCAGUUGGUGAAGAUUAUCGUGUCAAAGAUAUAGAGUUGUUAUUGCAAAAUGAAUGUGAAGAUGGAGUUCGCAUGAUUGGUAUUCACGGAGUUGGUGGCAUAGGGAAAACAACUCUGGCAAAAGCUAUCUACAAUCAAAUGUUUCGACUCUUCGAUAGUAGUUGCUUCCUUUCGGAUGUUAGAUCAGAAGCUGAAGAAUUUGGUCUUGUCAAGCUACAAGAGAAACUUCUUCAACAAUUACUCAAAAAUAAGGACAUCAAAGUUGGCAGUAUUGCUCAAGGCAUCAAUCUAAUCAAAGCAAGACUCGAGUCAAAGAAGGUUCUAAUUGUUCUUGAUGACGUGGACCACAAAAACCAUUUAGAAUCCUUAACAAGAGAAAGAAGUUGGUUUGGUUCGGGUAGUUUAAUAAUCAUUACCACCCGGGACAAGCGAUUGCUAUGUCGGCUUGGAGAAAAAGAGAGAUAUGAGGCUGAACUAUUAAAUGCCAAUGAAGCUAUGUUACUUUUUUGUUGGCAUGCUUUUGACAGUCAUUUUCCACCAGAAGAUUAUGUUAAUUUGGCACGAGACAUAAUCAAAUAUUCAGGCAGGCUACCAUUAGCUCUUGUGAUAUUGGGGUCACACUUACAAGGAAGUUCUGUAGAAGAAUGGGGAUAUGAAUUCGAAAAACUAAGAGCAAUUCCUCAUUGUGAUAUCCAAAAGAUUCUCAAGAUAAGCUUUGAUGGACUUGAUGAUGGAACACAGACUGUUUUCCUCGAUAUUGCAUGCGCCUUCCAUGGGUUUGAUGAGCAUGAAGUUACUGAAAUAUUAAAUGCAUGUGGCUUUCAUGCUAAAAGUGCAAUUGCUACUUUAGUCCAAAAACACUUGCUCCAAAAAUCUUGGAAUAUUUUGGAGAUGCAUGAUCUAGGUUCCAAAAAGGUAGAAGUACUGAAGGUAGAUCGACGAGCAUUUGAGGGAGUGAACUUGAGCACCAAAGCAUUUAAGAAAAUGAAAAACCUUAGGGUUCUUAUAAUGGAUGAGUUACAUAUUAGUGGAGAUUUUGAGCUGUUGUCCAAGGUGCUCAGAUGGUUGUCUUGGAAAAAAUGUCCUUUAAAAUGUAUACCAUCAAAUUUUCCAGCUGAGAAUCUUGUAGCUCUAGAUAUGCAGGAGAGUGAUAUCCAAGAAUUUCAAUUGAAUUUGCAGUGUUGUAGAAGUUUGAAGAAGUUGGAUCUCUCUUAUUGCAAGCAACUCAGAAGGACUCCAAACUUCAACGGUUCACGAAGUCUUGAGACUUUGCUGCUUGGUGGUUGCUCAAGUCUGACAGAGAUCCAUCCAUCAAUAGGAAAUUUGGACAGACUAAUUAAACUAGAUAUGUCUAGUAGCGAAAAAAUUACGUAUCUUCCAAGCAGCAUAUGCCAGCUAAAAUCCCUUGAAGACUUGGACGUUGAUGGCUGCUCAUCUAUAAAAACACUGCCAGAUAACCUUGGAGAUAUGAAAAGUCUAUUAUGUCUUUCUGCAUCUGGUACGGGUAUAAAACAAUUGCCUAGAUCUGUUGAAAUGCUAAGAAAUCUUUUAACUUUGAGAGUGGGAGGUCGAAAGAGAGAGGCCAAAAGGAGUAUUUCUGGAAGUGGAGUCCAUCGGAUACAAUAUUCCUUGUCAACUUUUGUAUCCGAAUUGAGCCUUACAUACUGUAAUUUGUCCGAGGCUGAUAUUCCUAGGGAUAUUGGGAGCUUAUCCUCCUUAGAAUAUUUAGAUUUGAGUGGCAACAGUUUCCAUUGUCUACCCAUUGAUUUUUCUAAGUUAGGAUUAUUGGCGGAGUUGUGUUUGAAUGACUGUGAGAAUCUUCAAACACUCCCGUCAGUAUCAAAUUUAGAGAAUCUUGCAAUUAUUGAACUUGAAAAUUGCCAAAAAUUGGUCAAGAUUACAGAGUUGGACAACCUCCCUUCUAUAAAGCGGAUCUACAUGAUAAAUUGUAGUUCUCUGCAGAAUCCAUUCAAUGAAGGCUUCUUUAGUGCACCUGCUGCAUUUAGAAAAGAUCCAGAUAUGCUCUGCUUAGCUACUUUCCCUUUACUGAAAAAUCAACCCUUAAUUCUUGCAUUCUCAUCAAAUCAAAUGGAUACUCAAUUAGUUAGAGGAGAAUCAUCUCACUUCUCUUAUGAAGUAUUCCUGAGUUUUAGAGGUGAAGACACCCGAAAAACAUUCACUGGUCAUCUUUAUUCCAAAUUGUCUGAUGUUGGAAUUAAUACCUUCAUUGACGACGAGGAAUUGAGAAAGGGUGACGUGAUUUCAAGAGAAUUAGAGAAAGCAAUUGAAGAGUCAAGAAUUUCCAUUAUUGUUUUCUCAAGAAAUUAUGCUUCCUCUAGUUGGUGUCUAAAUGAACUAGUUAAAAUUCUCGAAUGCAAAGAGAAAUUAAAGCAGAUGGUUUUGUCUAUUUUCUAUGAUGUUGAUCCUUCUCAAGUGCGAAGACAAACUGGGUUAUUUGGGGAAGCUUUGGCAAAACAUAAGGAACGAUCAAUUGGGACUCAAAGGGUGGAGAAAUGGAGAGCUGCACUUACUGAAGCUGCAAAUUUAUCUGGAUGGGAUUUGCAAAAUGUUGCUGACGGGCAUGAAUCAAAGUUUAUUGAAAAAAUUAUACAACAAGUCCUACAAGAGGUCAACCAGACGCCUCUAGAUGUUGCUUCCAGUUGGUGUAGAUUAUCGUGUCAAAGAUAUAGAUUUGUUAUUGCAAAAUGAAUGUGAAGAUGGAGUUCGCAUAAUUGGUAUUCACGGAGUUGGUGGCAUAGGGAAAACAACUCUGGCAAAAGCUAUCUACAAUCGAAUGUUUCGACUCUUCAAUAGUA